GUGAGGGCAAGACUUAUUAAAAAAAUCCUCUCUCUCUCUCUCUAUUAAAUGAAUGAAUGGUCGUUUAGUUCCUCAUAAAUCAUAACAGAGAAAUACAAAUAGAAGAAGAGGGAGAGGGCGUAAAUGUUGUCAUCAUCUAUACAACAUUGCUGCUGUUAUUAUCCAAGUUCCCGAAAUACAAACAGAAACAGCGGCAGCAGGAGAUCGUUGAGCCAUCAACAGCGAGCUAACGCAAUUGAGUCUCACCAAAUUGCUCCCGUCGAAAUUUCAUGGCAAAUUGCUGUUGGUUCUAUAGCUGGUAUAACGCCCUUCAUUGUUGCUGGAAUUGAAUUCAGCAAGCGAAUUAGAGCACAGAGAAAAUGUGAAAUUUGCAGAGGAUCCGGACUAGUACAGGAUGAUGAUGUCUAUAUCCGCUGCCCCAACUGCGGUGGAUUUUUGCCGUGGCAAACAUGGAAAAGGUUUUUCACUGGCUAAGCUCUGCGUUUAGAGAGAUUCCAGACUGUUCCAACAUAAUGUAUCUCCAGCUGUUACUCCUUAUAAUGUUUUAUACGCGUGUAUAUUUUGUGCACAUAUGAACAUUUCUUAAUAGAAAUUAAAUCCAGUGACUAUGAUAUCCUAAAGGGAGAGACCAGGUCACGGAUAUGCGACUUGCAUUCUAAAAAUGA